AAAGACUUUUAAAGAGGUUUCUUUUCUAUUUUUAUCCUUAGAUUCAAAAAUGUAUACCGAACACGUUUAAACGAUUAUAUAGUUAAGUGUACAAAUUGUUUAAAAAUAAAAAGUCCUAAUAUUUGAAUGUGACUCAAUAGAAGGUUCAGCUGUCUGAGCCUCCAGGGCCCCCUUAGUAAAAACACUUCCCAGCUGGAACGUCACAGUGACGUAAAAUAGGCGGAGAUUCAGAGGAGCAUCGACUAGAAUGCAAUUUCCAGCAUUCAAAGAGUCAACCGUGCUGUCCGACAAUCAAUGCACAAAAUGGGACAUUCUUUACCCAAAACCCAAUGUCGGCAAUCAGAGGAUUUUAUGCGCGUCAUCUGUGAAAUGCAUUGUUCUGCACACCCAUUUUUACUGUGAUACGGACACGAGAGCUUGAAAAGGGAUGAAUCCUCUUUCUUCCCGUGGAUGCGCUCUAAUCGUGUCCAAUGGAUCUCCCGGGCAUCAGCAAUACGACCACGGAAGAUAUGUCGGGUUCGGGCUUCAUUUUAGAGAUGAUCACCAUCAAACCGGUUUUAAACACCCUGAGCACCCAGUUCAGCAACCAGACAACUGGGCUGGAGGUGCAACGCAACACCCCGGUGAGGAGCUCGGAGGGGAACUCGGUGCUCCAGGGCAUCGCAGUGGCUGCGCAGGCAUUGUUGCUCUUAGCCAUAUUUUUACUGUCAAGCUUGGGUAACUCAGCAGUCGUGGUGGUCAUAAUCAAACACAGACAGUUGAGAACAGUAACCAAUGCGUUCAUAAUGUCCCUCUCUCUUUCUGAUUUCCUGACGGCCGUCCUUUGUCUCCCCUUCUCCUUCAUGAUGCUCUUCAGCAAAGAUGGCAAGUGGAUGUUUGGCGAGCGCUUCUGCGUCGCCAACGGGUUUUUCAACACGUGUUUCGGCAUCAUUUCCACCCUGACCAUGACUCUCAUCUCCUUUGACAGAUACUACGCCAUCGUCAGGCAACCACAAGCCAAAAUCGGCAAGAGCAGAGCGAUCCAGCUCCUUGUGGCGGUUUGGGUAUCAGCCAUGGCCUUCUCGUUUCCCUGGUACCUGGUGCGCGCCUCCAAACACCUGGUGGUACACAAACAGGGCUUUUACCAUUGCAUGUACGUGUUCCACUCUGGCACCUCCAGGAUGGGUACCACCUACAGCAUAGCUUUAAUCGUGACCUGUUAUCUACUUCCGUUCGCUCUCAUGUGCUUCUGCCACUAUAACAUCUGUAAAACCGUCCGGCUGUCAGAGAUCAGGGUGCGGCCGGUGACCACGUACGCGCACCUGUUGCGCUUCUACAGCGAGAUGCGCACGGCCACCACGGUGCUUAUCAUGAUCGUCUUCAUCAUCUUCUGCUGGGGACCCUACUGUCUGAUGGGGAUCAUCACCGCUUUGGGAAACUACACUUUUAAUCCUGCCAUGGACACGGUGGCCAUCUGGAUGGCUUGGGCUAACGGUGCCAUCAACCCUUUGAUUUACGCCAUAAGGAACCCGAAUAUAUCCAUGCUGUUGGGCCGGAGCAGGGAAGAGGGAUAUAGGACUAGAAACAUCGCUGCGUAUCUGUCCACGCAGGCGCAGCGCAGGGAAGCGGUCCGGACGCGCGCGGACCGCAUCCGGGACCGGUACGUGAGCAGGCACGGGGCGAACAGCCGCCUGUCUUCCUCUAGCCCUGCCAACGGGGGAGAGGUGGCGAUGUGGGCCUGUAAAAACCCGGCAGUGUUUUUCUGCAGAGAUGCCCACCCUGAUACCAUCACCGAACCCUCGGUGCCCAAAGUUGAAACCGCUGACACCAGUUUGUAAUCGUGUUGUUGACACUUUAAAGACUUUCAUUUGAUACAGGGAAUCCAAAAAAGUAUUUAUCAAAGUCUCAUACUGUCAUUUUAGAUAUGAAUGUGCACCAACAUGACAUAACGUCUAAGAGAUCACUCUAUAUCUAUAUUUGAAUGUAUAUUAUGAUGUGUUACUGUAAUGUUUCUUACAACAGCAUCACUUUUGGUUUGACACCAAAAUCUCAAACUUACAUUUACAGUCUAAUGGAUUAGCAGAAUGUGUGUAGAUUAGUCUGUUUGUGUGUUAAGUGCCAACAUGAAAGUCACUAAAAUGAGCCUAUAAUGCACAUGCUUUACAACACUGUGAAAACACUGAGGAGUUUACAGAUGCCUGUCCCAUAAACCAAACCUUAUUCAAGCUCUUCUUGGCCUGGGGUAUACACACUCAGCCACAAAAAAUAACAAUAAUACAAUUAUACUAAACUAUUUAUCAAACUAACAAUAGGAAUAAUAGAAAAGUUACAUGGAAACAGGGUUAAAACUAUUAAUUCAUUAUUUCUUUGUUGCUUGCUUCCAAAUUUGCAUCCUUUACACUUCAGUUACACUUGCUGGUAAAUGUAGCAUCCAGAGUAUAACAAUAAUUAGCGAUGCACCGAUUUUUUUGGGCCGAUACCGAUAUUAAACACUUGUAUACAGUACUAUACAGUUGGUCUAUUAGCUAGUUUAUUUCUGCAUCAAAUUAUUUUUACUGAACAUGGAUUGGAUCUAAUUAACAUUCAACUGACCAACAUAAUAAGAGAGGCACAAAUUAAGCUAAAACAAAUAUAAUAAGACAACAUGACAACCUUCAAAGGUGGUUUUUGCUAUUCAGCAUUUAUUUUAUUAGCAACGUUAAAGGAAUAUUCCAUUUUCUUAAAAGAAAAAUCCAGAUAAUUUACUCACCACCAUGUCAUCCAAAAUGUUGAUGUCUUUCUUUGUUCAGUCGAGAAGAAAUAAUG